AUGUUACCGUUUCCGGUGGGCCGCCUUGCAGAUGAAGAUGUGAGGCGUCCUCAUAUGCAACCUAUAGGGGCUGUUACCAAGAAGGAGCCGAAGACAGAUCUUCGUAUGCAACCUAUAGGGGCUGUUACCAAGAAGGAGCCGAAGACAGAAACAGCGUUGAGAACAGUGUCUGCCGGUGUCAAGCGCAAGCAGUCCGAUGUCAUCCCUAUAGGGGCUGUUCCCUCUGCCGGUGCAGCCACCAACCGACAGCAUGUGGAUAUGAAGUCUGCAGAUGCCGAAGAGAUCCCUCAUGGACGGCUUCGAGGCCUUCGUUUCCUCCCUCUUGGUGCGUGCUCCAUCAGCGAGAAGUUCGCAUACACGUAUGGGGCGGACAAGCAGAUGAUAGGGAUCAAGGACGUGCCCGAGAAUUGGGGGUCGAUCGGCGCCAGAAAGGCUCGCAGAUUCAUGCAGAUUCAGGCCAUCAUGCGCCAACUGGACAGAACGUUUUUUUUCAUGGCCUUCAACAAAGAAGAGAUGGCUGCUAGCGAAAUGGAGGAGGCGAGGGGUUUUUUUCCGUCCACAGUCAACGUGCGGCACCUCAAGAACACCUGGGUUAGGAAAGCCAUGGAAGGGACCGACUGGGAGCCGAUGAGGGACAGGAUCAAGGGCAAGAAUAUGUUUGUCUUCGUGGAGAACGACAAGGACCUCAAGCCAUCAAUCCAGGCGUACAUGAAAAUCGAGAAGCAGUUCGAUCGGACAGCUAAGCUCGAUGCCCUCAGGGAGGACAUGUCGGGUAGCCUGACGUACGACCUCCAGCCAAUGAUCGGUGGAAUGAUGAGUGACGAGUGGACCGUCAUGGAGCCGGCAGAUGUUGUGAAGCUGAAGGACUUCCCCACCAAGACGGAGCUUAUCGGGCAGAUUGCGGGCUCCCUCAAGCAAGUCACCACGAAGCUGGCGGUUGGCGUUCGACAG